AUGUCGGAUCAUGAACCGGAGCAGCCACUUCCUGCCGGAUGGGAAAAACGUAUGAGUCGCACUAACAAUCAAGAGUAUUAUUACAAUCAAGCAACCGGUAGAAGUCAAUGGGAACGACCGACAGAGGCAGCUUUUGGAAAAGGUUCGGACCUCACGCAAGUGAGAGCUGCUCAUCUUCUUGUCAAGCAUGCGGGUAGUCGCCGUCCGUCUAGUUGGCGCCAGGACAAAAUCACUCGAAGUAAGGAGGAUGCGCGAAAUAUUCUGGAAAAUUACAUCAAGCAAAUCCGUAACUCUGAUAAUCCUGAGGCAACAUUCCGAAAGCUAGCGCAACAGUAUAGCGAUUGUAGUUCAGCAAAACGAGGAGGAGACCUUGGAAUGUUUGGUCGACGUCAAAUGCAGAAGCCAUUUGAAGAUGCUUCAUUCGCCCUUGACAUUGGUGAGAUGAGCGAUAUCGUGGAGACCGAUUCUGGCCUGCAUAUAAUCUGGAGACUUGCUUGA